AUGGCAGGCGCAGACCUCUCCGCCGCUGUCCACGCUCACCUGCGCGCCAACCAGCGCCGAUCCGCUGCGAAGAGCGGCGCUGGCCACACCUGGGGCUCGCGCCAGGCUGGCGAGGCGGAGGGCGCGCCUCCGGCGGCCGCCGCCGCAGCGGCAGCCGCGAGAGAGUGGGACAGCUUUGACCCUGUGCCGCCCGAGGUCGACGGAGCGAGUGGAAGCAGCCGCGCGCCCAAGCGCUCGCGUCGCAAGGGACCUCCGCCGGCAGCCUCACCCGCACAGCUGCACGCGGCCGGCUUUGCAGUCGGCAAACGCCUGUCAUGGCGGCGGCGGUGA